AUGGAGCGCGCGGACGUCCGCGCGCGGUUGCUCUCGGGCGGCCAGCGGAAGCGGCUGAGCCUCGGCCUCGAGCUCAUCCACUCGCCGGCGGUCUUGCUCGCCGACGAGCCGACGUCGGGCCUGGACAGCGUCGCUGCGGCGGCGACGACGCAGCUCCUCCUGGAGCACUCCGCGGAGAUGACCGUCGCGGCCGUCGUCCACCAGCCGUCGAUCGCCGUCUUCCUGAAAUUCGCGCGCGUCGCGGUGCUCGCCGGCGGCCGGCUCUGCUACGACGGCGCGACGGCCGACGUCGCGGCCUUCUUC